CGCGCGCGCGUGUGUGUGAGAGAGAGAGACCGGAAGCGGAAGUUGUAGUAGUUACUCCUGCAGCUGCUGUUUUACUUCUCGCGGCGUGUGUACUGGUGGUGUGUGUACUGGUGGUGUGUGUGGGCGCGCGCGUCAUGGUGUUGUCCUCCUCACAGCAGCUCGUGCUGAUCUUCACCGCCGCCGUUUGCGGCUUCAUCCUCUUCCCCCGAGUCUUCACCGGGAACAGCGCGAGAGACAACACCGCUCUAGAUCCCCGCUUCCGGAAAGGCCCUCACCCUGGCCCCUCCCCCUCCCCCCGCAGCCCCCCUGAGGGUGUGCAGCAAGUCCAGAGGAUGGUGGAACAGGAAGUGAGGAAAGAGAAAGCUAAGAUCAGCAGCAACAAUAAAGGCUACGUGUUCACGCUCAUGCCUCUGUACGCCAUCGGAGUGGGGCUGUUCGCUGCAUACAAGUUUCUCAAGAUAAAAUCUGCAGAUGACACUCGGGCUCAGAAAGAAAGAACCGCCCAAGGACUUCGCAAAUCCGAGGAGACAGAGAAUCAGCUGAAUGAGCUGGAACAGCGUUUGGCUCAAACAGAGAAGAUGCUGAACUCCAUCCUCACACAACUUGACCCUCUGACUAACUGUGUGAAGUCAGUGGCGAUGGAACAGAAGAAUGAGAUCAUGUCUCAGCUGCAGUGUAUCAGACACCUAAUGAAGAAACGAGGCAUGCAGUAUGCACCAUCAGAGGCGUCAUGUGAGCGUAACCUUGACAACCUGAUCGAGUCGCUAAGCGCCAUGGAAACCCUUGGCUCGGAAAUGAACCCCAAACCACACGCAGCAGGAGAGAGAGACGACGCAGACGAGAGCCACUUCAAUAUGCCGUCUCUGGAAGGGAAGCGGAAGGACGCAGUGGGUGGAGCUAUAACACAUGGCCAGGAGAUUGAGGGGGGGCAUGAUGAGAAAGUGGGCGUGGCUACAGAGGAGUGUGAUGAGGAUUUGUAUAACGAGAAGCAUUUAGGCAACAGUGAUGAAGAGGGCGUGGCUAAAAUGUGUCCUGCCGAGCUGGGGGCGGGGCUUCGAAGACGUAACAGACACGAGUAGAUGUUUGUGUGGAUUUGUUUAUGAUGAAUGAAACCGAAUGCUUGAUUGGGGAUUUCAACUCCUGUGCAUUUAAACGUUUUAGAAUGAUUGAAUUAUUUUAUGUUGAUGUAGAAUGCUUUGAUGAACUAGGUUUGACAAUGAAACACACUCACGUCUUCUGCACUGCACUGCGAAACACAAGCCGCUGCGACACGUGUCAUUUCCGCCUGGCGUUUAUUUACGCUCCGGCUGUUUGAAAUGUCACAGUAGUGACAAAAAAUCUGUAGUUUUUACUGCGCCAUUAAACGCCGUUUUUAUUUUAGCGUUUUUGAAAGCUACAUUUUUGUUGACUGAAGACGGCGUCUCGUCGUGUACAGAAGGAUAAAACAGACACGUGUGCAUUUUCAAACAAGAACAUAUUCCUGCAGACAUGGCUAAACAAUAGUUCUGGUAAAUGUGGGCGGGGCCUAUGAUCUACAGUGGAAUAUGGUACAUGGGCCUGGUCUGAAAUGGUCUAUUAUUUAAGUCGUCAUGGGUUAUAGGUGGGGUUAAAGAUUAAUUUAUUUCAGGUUGUUAUAUGCUGUUGUUUUAUUCACUUUUUUAUAAAGUAAUAAAUAAUUUCUGAGUUUAAAUAACAUGUAAAGUCGAGCUAUGACUGGGUGUGGUCAGGAGAUGAGGGCGGGGCUUUGUGUGCCUGACAUUGUAUUUUUUUUUUUUGCACACUUUCAUUUUCUUUGUUUUAAAUCAAGAAAUUAAUUUUAAAAUUUUCAGAUUGAAAAUGUUUUGCUGGUUAGCUGUGUGUGUGUGUGUGUGUGUGUGUGUGUGUGUGUGUGUGUGUAAUGGAGGAAUUGCAUGGAGGUGAAUGACAAUCCUGAGAUGAAGCGAUGAGCAGGUUCUGCACUACCUCAUCACGUUCUUAUUUUAGUUAAACGCAUGGUAAAGUAAAUGGUCGUGUUUAUAAUUUUGAUGAAAUUCUCCUCAGUGUGAUUUCAGUCGUGUGUAACUGCUUGCUGCUGUGAUGAUGACGAGCGUGUUGGCGAUGUGUAGCAGAGCACCAGAACAGCGCUGUGCUAUUCGCUAAUUACCAAGCUAAUUUUUACCCCUGUGUGUUAGCUAGCGCUGAUUAAUUGUUAGCAUUAUGAUUAUAAAUGUUACCAUGCUAAUAAUCUGUAAAGUGAGCGAGUGAUUAUCGUACAGGGAAAACACUGUAUUGUUACAUGCUAAUGCGCUACUGUGCAUUUUACUGGCUUUGCUUUUUUGUGAAAUACUGAGUGUUUGUUAUUUUUAGAAGCUGCUUGAGGCCUUAAAUAAAAUAAUUACACAGCAGAGGAAA